AUGUCUACGGUUGAAGUAUCUCCUAAACGCCACUUCAGCGACACUGCUCGACUAUUUCGAUCGAUAUACAGUGGAGGUAGAAUCCGUAAAAUCAAAGAAGACCAUAAAAUCGAAGGAAUGAUCAAUGAGAAGCUCCACUGGGGUUGGGAUGGCUGCAGCACCAGGGAGAUGUCUACGGUUGAAAUAUCUCCUAAACGCCACUUCAGCGACAAUGCUCGACUAUUUCGAUCGAUAUACAGUGGAAGCAGAAUCCGUAAAAUCAAAGAAGACCAUAGAAUCGAAGGAAUGAUCAAUGAGAAGCUCCACUGGGGUUGGGAUGGCUGCAGCACCAGGGAGGUGUCUACGGUUGAAGUAUCUCCUAAACGCCACUUCAGCGACACUGCUCGACUAUUUCGAUCGAUAUACAGUGGAAGCAGAAUCCGUAAAAUCAAAGAAGACCAUAGAAUCGAAGGAAUGAUCAAUGAGAAGCUCCACUAG